AUGCCUCGCUCGCGGGGCAGGGGCGCCUUGCCCGGUGUCUCCCCUCUAUCGCUGAUCUUCGCGCUUCACUUGCUCGUGCUCUUGCUGAGCGGCAAGGGCUGGGGCGUCCAGGCGGUGCUCGCUCCGCUGAACGAUAUAGACACUGUCUUCGUCUUUGGCGAUUCCUACAGCGAGACGGGCUUCGACCCGUCUAAAGGAUUCGACCCGCUUGCUCAACCCGCCAAGACUACUUCUGCCGGUCCUUCCUGGCCGAUGUACUUCGCCAACAACACCAUCUCGCCCGCUCUCUUCAACCGCACCUUCUCCUUCGCCCGAGGCGGCGCAACCACAUCUCCCGACCGCGUCUAUCCCACCUACCCGAACAUCUCGACGGGGUCGCAAGUUGAUAGUUGGGAGGGCUGGUUCGUGAAUGCUACGACGGAGGGGAAGAAGGCGAGGCCGGUUUGGGACGGGCGGAAGACUUUGUUUGUCGUCUCGUUCGGCCUGAACGACCUCGUCAUCGCCAUGCGGUCGAAAACGCCGCUCCCGACUAUCCUCGAGCCUACCUUCGCCGAGCUCAUGAACCAGACGUCUCGUCUCUACAAGAGCGGCGCACGCCAAUUCCUCUUCCAGCUCAUUCCAGCCUUCCAACACUCUCCUGAAGCCCAACACAGCUUCCCGGACGUCAAUAACGCAGCUGCGCUAGUCGGGACCAACGUCAAGUUGUGGAACGAGCGGGUCAAGGUGUUUGCGGGACAGGUUGCGUCGACGCUUAAGGGGAGCGAGGUCGGUGUUUGGGACGCUUACGGGUUUUGGGAAGAGCUGCUCGCGCACCCGCAGGCCUACGGCUUCCGCAACUCGACCGACUACUGUCCGUCGUACGCCCCGCUCAAGUGGAAGCGCGGGCAGUCGCUCGACUACUACAAGAAGGAUUGCGGCAUUCCCCUGCGCGACUACAUCUGGAUGGACCGGGCGCAUCCGACUUUCACGGUGCACAAGCUGAUUGCCGACUCGCUCGUCAAGGUUCUCUCUCAGCCAGGCGCCUCCGCUACAACGUCCCUGCAUUGCCGCAACUCCAUCGCCGCUUCAUCUCACUCCGACACAACUCACCUCGUCACGCACCACCGCGCUCCGGUCCCCAUCCACCGUCAGCCAUCCGGAAUGAUUCGCCAACUCGUGAGGCGGAAAGACGGCUUCUGGGCGGCGUUGAGGGACCAGGCGGUUGGAAGCGUCGUGGGACCCGCUACGGGCGUUGCGGUGAAGGUGGACUAG